AUGGAGGGACCAAUGGAAGACAGCGAAAACAACCCUUUUCUCGUCACAGGAACUAUUUUGCAUGACCUGCAGGAAAAUAAUCAGUUGACUGACAAGAGUUUGCGAGAUAUUGUGAGCACGUCAACCAAUGCUGAUACGAUAAGGCAGGCAUUAAAACUUCAGGAAAAAGCUAAGGCCGUGGCCAUAUCAACGAUUAGUUGGUUUGGCUCUCUACAAAUAUACGGGAAUUCUGCUGAUGUACCAUUUAUGAUCUGUGGACGGUUAGCUUUUAGCAAUAAGGGUACUUUAAUUCGAGCACGUCGAAAAGGAGGAGCUUUAGACAAAAUGUGGACAUCCAUUGAAGUCGAAUUAAAAGAGAAGAAGUUAACAGAUCUUCAGUUACAUGGACUACUACAGGCAACACAGAAGAGUCAAAAUUAUGCGAGUAUGUUAAAUCGCGGUAUCUUGGGGUUAGAGGAUGUCAUCACUUCAAAUAAGUAUAAGAGUGAACAGAUAAACUCACCGCACAAACCGCUCCUGACAAAAGAGACUAUGGCAAAUCUUGCGCCAACAAUAUUACCAGGGUUGAAAUCGCUUAUAUCAAAUCUUGAAGUUCAACACGAAGACAUUGUCGAGGAAAUAAAGCGUCAUUCGUGCGACUAA